GUAGGCAGCGUGGGAUUUAGGGGAASAGGGUUUAGAGUGUGGGGGUGUCUGUUUUGCGUCCACCGUGGCUGGGAGAGGGAGAUGGCAGCUCGAUGGAGCAGCGAGAAUGUGGUGGUGGAGUUCCGCGAUUCCCAGGCAACUGCAAUGUCUGUGGACUGUCUUGGGCAGCAUGCAGUGCUUUCUGGUCGCAGAUUCCUGUACAUCGUCAAUCUAGAUGCUCCUUUCGAAGGUCACCGGAAAAUCUCUCGUCAGAGCAAAUGGGACAUCGGAGCUGUGCAGUGGAAUCCUCAUGACAGCUUCGCACAUUAUUUUGCAGCUUCGAGUAACCAACGGGUGGACCUUUAUAAGUGGAAAGAUGGCACUGGGGAAGUUGGCACCACCUUACAGGGCCAUACGCGCGUCAUCAGCGACUUGGACUGGGCAGUGUUUGAACCAGAUCUCCUGGUCACCAGCUCGGUGGACACCUACAUCUACAUUUGGGAUAUCAAAGACACAAGGAAACCCACUGUUGCGCUCUCUGCUGUAGCUGGUGCUUCCCAGGUCAAAUGGAAUAAAAAAAAUGCAAACUGCCUCGCCACCAGCCAUGACGGUGAUGUACGGAUAUGGGAUAAGCGGAAACCCAGUACAGCAGUAGAAUAUCUAGCAGCCCACCUCUCCAAAAUCCACGGCCUGGACUGGCAUCCAGACAGUGAGCACAUUCUCGCUACCUCCAGUCAAGACAACUCUGUCAAGUUCUGGGAUUACCGCCAACCUCGGAAAUACCUCAAUAUUCUCCCUUGCCAGGUGCCUGUCUGGAAGGCCAGAUACACACCUUUCAGCAAUGGAUUAGUGACUGUGAUGGUUCCCCAGUUGCGGAGGGAAAAUAGUCUGCUCCUGUGGAAUGUCUUUGAUUUGAACACUCCCGUCCACACCUUUGUGGGACACGAUGACGUGGUGCUGGAGUUCCAGUGGAGGAGACAGAAGGAAGGUUCCAAGGACUACCAACUGGUUACAUGGUCCCGGGAUCAGACUUUGAGAAUGUGGCGAGUGGAUUACCAGAUGCAAAGGCUCUGUGCCAAUGACAUAUUAGAUGGUGUUGAUGAGUUCAUUGAGAGCAUUUCUCUUCUGCCAGAACCAGAGAAGACCCUGCACACUCAAGAUUCAGAUCACCAGCAUAACUCAAGCCAUGGAGAGGAAGAAGUGGUUAAGGAAGAUCCCCCUAGCAGUCUCCUGGAAGAGAGGAAGUCAGAUCAGCUGGGUCUGCCUCAGACUCUGCAACAGGAGUUCUCCUUGAUCAACGUGCAAAUCCGGAAUGUCAAUGUAGAGAUGGACGCUGCAGAUAGGAGCUGCACGGUGUCCGCGCAUUGCAGCAGCCACCGUGUCAAGAUGCUGGUGAAGUUCCCAGCUCAGUACCCCAACAAUGCCGCCCCUUCCUUCCAGUUUAUUAACCCCACAACCAUCACAUCGACCAUGAAAGCUAAGCUGCUAAAGAUCCUGAAGGACACUUCCCUGCAAAAAGUGAAACGCAACCAGAGCUGUUUGGAGCCCUGCCUGCGCCAGCUCGUCUCCUGCCUUGAGUCUUUUGUGAACCAAGAAGACAGUGCUUCUAGCAACCCGUUUGCGCUCCCAAACUCUGUCACACCACCUUUGCCAACUUUUGCGCGGGUGACCACGGCCUAUGGGUCAUACCAGGAUGCCAAUAUUCCCUUUCCUAGGACUUCUGGGGCCAGGUUCUGUGGAGCAGGUUACCUGGUGUAUUUCACAAGGCCCAUGACAAUGCAUCGAGCAGUGUCUCCAACAGAACCCACUCCCAGAUCUCUCUCCGCCUUGUCUGCUUAUCAUACUGGCUUGAUCGCACCAAUGAAGAUCCGCACAGAGGCCCCUGGGAACCUUCGCUUAUAUAGCGGGAGCCCUACACGCAGCGAGAAAGAGCAGGUUUCCAUCAGCUCCUUCUACUACAAGGAGCGGAUGUCUCCUCGCUCUGCCCGGCGACGUUGGUCCAUACAAGCAAUUAACGACUUCCCGAAAUCAAGGAGGUGGAAAAGUAAGCGCGAGGGAUCAGACUCUGGCAAUCGACCCAUCAAGGCUGCCGGGAAAGUCAUCAUUCAAGAUGUUUCAUGCCUCCUUCCUGUUCACAAAUCACUGGGAGAACUGUACAUAUUGAAUGUGAAUGAUAUUCAGGAAACAUGUCAGAAGAACGCUGCUUCAGCCAUGCUUGUUGGAAGAAAGGAUCUUGUCCAGGUGUGGUCACUGGCUACAGUAGCUACAGAUCUUUGCCUUGGUCCGAAGUCUGACCCAGAUUUGGAAACACCCUGGGCUCGGCAUCCAUUUGGGCGACAGCUACUGGAGUCCCUGCUGGCUCAUUAUUGCCGACUCCGGGACGUGCAGACCUUGGCAAUGCUCUGCAGUGUGUUCGAAGCCCAGUCUCGGCCUCAGGGCAUCCCGAACCCCUUCGGGCCUUUUCCUAACCGGUCUUCUAAUCUCAUGGUGUCCCACAGUCGAUAUCCCAGCUUCACCUCCUCGGGUUCCUGCUCCAGUAUGUCGGACCCAGGGCUCAGCACCGGAGGCUGGAACAUAGCGGGAAGAGACGCAGAGCACUUGUCUUCGCCUUGGGGAGAGUCCUCGCCAGAAGAACUCCGCUUCGGGAGUCUGACCUACAGUGAUCCUCGAGAGCGGGAACGGGACCAACAUGAUAAAAAUAAAAGGCUUUUGGACCCUGCUAACACCCAGCAGUUUGACGACUUUAAGAAAUGCUAUGGAGAGAUCCUCUACCGUUGGGGGCUAAGAGAGAAGCGAGCAGAAGUGCUCAAGUUUGUGUCCUGUCCCCCUGAUCCCCACAAAGGGAUUGAGUUUGGCGUGUACUGCAGCCACUGCCGGAGCGAGGUCCGGGGCACACAGUGUGCCAUCUGUAAAGGCUUCACGUUCCAGUGUGCCAUCUGCCACGUGGCCGUGCGGGGGUCGUCCAAUUUCUGCCUGACCUGUGGUCACGGGGGCCACACUAGCCACAUGAUGGAGUGGUUUCGGACUCAGGAGGUGUGUCCCACCGGGUGUGGGUGUCACUGCCUGCUUGAAAGCACUUUCUGAACCUACAGGUGGUCGGUGUUGUAAUUCCAGAGGACCCCGUCAAUGCUGGUAAAAAGCUCUCUGCCAGGAGGGAAGCUCCAAAACCCAGGGGGUGGGAAUGUGUUGCCCUCACAGACGGCCGCAGUAGCAGCUGCUCAUGAGCCUUUCCUAUUCUUUGGCUGCCCUGGCCUGGACAUCGCUGGAGUGGGAGGGCAGGUGCACAGAGCUGAGCGACUACGAUGGAAGUUCCCAUGGGGAAGAGCACCGGCCCCAGGGUCUUAGCCCUGAACCACAAGUGGGGCUCUCCUGACCAAGUCAGCUGUGACAGAGUCUCUGAGUCAAAGGAUGGUGGACAUUAAUUUAAUUGACAAGUGGGCCUAUGAGAACUGUAACUUCAGAAAUUGAUACAUUUAAAUGAACAGAUGGAUAGUGGCCUUCUGUAUAAUACUGAAAUUGUAAAUAUAUGCUGUACUUAAGGAUUGUUAAAAUGUAUUUGUUUUCAUUUCUCCUUCAACUGCUUUCCCUUGAGGAAUACAGUCCUAGUAAUUAUUUGAAGGGGGAAAAAUGAAAGUUGUACAUCACUGAGUCAUUUGUACCCUACUUUAAAAAUUUUUAUAUUUGUGCAUAACAGCUAUACAGCAGAGUGGGUUCCAUUGUGGCAGGUUUGUACCUGCUCACCACAGGUUCCCUCAGUUUCAAUCCCCAGCACUUCCCUUGCCUCCCCUCCUCCCUCCCCAUUGGUCCCCUUCCUCUCUCUUGCUAAUCUUUCUUCCAUUUUCAUGAGAUCCUUUUUUUCCUUUUUUCUUUCCUGCUUCCACAUGUGAAAGAAUACAUAGAACACUUGACUUUCUGCAUCUGGCUUCUUCAACACACUAUCCUCCAGUUCCUUUCUCCUGCAAAUGACAUAAUUUCAUUCUUCUUUAUGGCUGGAUUAAACUAUUGUGCAUGUGUAUAGAUACUUAUCCAUUCAUGUGUUGAUGGACACCUAGGCUGGUUCCAUGACUUAGCUGUUGUAUUUGUGCUGCUAUAAACAUGGCUUUAACCUUACUUCUAACUAGAGUUAUCUGCUUUGAAUGUGACUAAAGUCAGUUCUCCAGUUUUUAUUUUUAUUUUUUGGUAUUGGGGAUUGAA